CUCACUAUGGUGAUGGGGGGGGAAACACACAACAGUCUGUCACUUUUUAACAAGCUGAAUUAAGCAUGCACAGACGCGCAGCUUGACGUGCUCACGGAAUCGGACCGGAACUUGACCGACGGGUGGAUUUGUUUUAUUUAUUUAUAUAUUUAUUAAUUUAUUUAUUUCCCCCCCUUUCUUUCUUUCUUUCUUUCUUUCGUUUUAACGCGUCGUGAGAGCCGGAGAUCCUGAACAGGGUGUCAGAAGGAGGGAAACGCAUUUCAUGCAUGCUUUGUGCAGAAGAAAAUAAGCGCACCGGGACGGUUUUUACGCGCGUCAGGGCCGAGUAGAGGUGCGCCGCGGCUGCAGGGUUUGUCUGUUUUUCUUUCCCUUUUUUCUUUCUGUGAGAUCGGAUCGGGCCGGGGAGAGAGCAGUGAGGCCCCGGGGACGCAGCAGGCCGUGUCCCGGGGAAAGAGCCUUCACGCGGGGCCCGGCUGAGACGCACACACUGCGCCGAUUUCCCGGAUUUUCACGCGCUUUUCGGUUUUUCCAUCUGAGACAAUGGCGUCAUACGUGGACAACAGCUUUCGGCAGGCGGUGAUGCUCAACCCAGCCGAGAGGACGCAACAGGAUUUGGAGAUUGUGUAUUCAUAUUUACACGGUAUGGAGGCACUGUCCAAUCUCCGAGAACAUCAGUUAAGGAUGAUGUGUGAAACUGUGCGUUAUGAAAGACAUGAAGCAAAUGAAGUGCUUUACUAUCCGGAUGACAUCGGCAGCUGCUGGUACAUCCUGCUCUCUGGAUCAGUGUUCAUCAAGGAGUCCAUGUUCCUGCCCAGAUCCAGUUUCGGGAAGCGUUCUGCUGGGAGUUUACGUCGCGGAUGCGAGUGUAUCGUUCUGGAGCCGUCCGAAAUGAUCGUGGUGGACUAUAUGGAUGAGAAUGAGGAGUAUUUUCAGCGCCAGGCUUCGCAUCGUCAGUCCCGGAGGAGAUUCCGCAAAAUCAACCAGAAGGGUGAAAGGCAGACCAUCAUCGACACGGUGGAGCCAUACCAAGCGGGCAAGCAGCCCAUAACCCGCGGGUACCACACGCUCCCAGCGGACUUCAGCAGGCUACACCUGGCUGACGGGAUCCACCCCCAGGUGACCCACGUCUCCUCCAGCCUCUCAGGAUGUAGCAUCACCAGUGACUCCGGGAGCAGCAGCCUGUCCGACAUCUACCAGGCCACGGAGAGCGAACCAGGCGACAUGGACUUGAGUGGCCUGCCUGAGACUGCCGUUGACUCUGAAGAGGACGAUGAUGAGGAAGACAUCGAACGCGCCUCUGAUCCACUCAUGAGCCGAGACAUUGUCCGUGACUGCCUGGAGAAAGACCCCAUGGACCGUACAGACGAUGACAUCGAGCAACUGCUGGAGUUCAUGCACCAGCUGCCGGCCUUUGCAAACAUGACCAUGUCGGUGAGGAGGGAGCUGUGUGCAGUCAUGGUGUUCGCUGUCGUGGAGCGAGCUGGAACCAUCGUCCUUAACGACGGCGAGGAGCUGGACUCGUGGUCGGUGAUCCUGAACGGCUCUGUGGAGGUGACGUACCCCGAGGGCCGCACCGAAAUCCUCUGCAUGGGUAACAGCUUCGGCGUCUCGCCCACCAUGGAGAAAGAGUUCAUGAAGGGCGUGAUGAAGACCAAGGUGGACGACUGUCAGUUUGUGUGUAUAGCGCAACAGGACUACUGCUGCAUCUUGAACCAAGUAGAGAAGAACAUGCAGAAGGUCGAGGAGGAAGGAGAAAUCGUCAUGGUUAAAGAGCAUCGUGAGCUCGAUCGCACUGGCACCAGAAAAGGGCACAUCGUCAUCAAGGGUACAACCGAGCGUCUCACCAUGCACCUGGUGGAGGAGCACUCAGUGGUGGACCCCACCUAUAUUGAGGACUUCCUGCUCACCUACCGCACCUUCCUGUCCAGCCCCAUGGUGGUGGGCAGGAAACUGUUGGAGUGGUUUCAUGACCCCAGCCUCAGGGACAAGGUUACACGGGUAGUCUUGCUGUGGGUGAACAAUCACUUCAACGACUUUGAGGGUGACCCCGAGAUGACGCACUUUCUCGAAGAGUUUGAGAACAAUCUAGAGAGGGAGAAAAUGUUUGGGCACUUAAGACUGUUAAACAUAGCUUGUGCUGCCAAAGCCAAGCUGCGCGUGGUGACCCUGACGAAGCCGUCACGCGAGGCUCCUCUGGCCUUCAGUCUGCUCGGUGGCUCAGAAAAAGGCUUCCGUAUCUUCAUUGAGAAUGUGGAGCCGGGUAGCAAAGCUGCCGAAGCAGGCCUCAAACGUGGAGAUCAGAUCCUGGAGGUGAAUGGGCAGAACUUUGAGAAUGUACAGCUGUCCAAAGCAAACGAGAUCCUGCGCAACAAUACACAUCUCUCAAUUACUGUGAAAACAAAUCUCUUGGUGUUUAAGGAGCUUCUGGCUCGACCUGAGCACGACCAAGAACCUGACCACGAAGAAGAGCUGGACAGGAAGAAUGGGGCUCCACACAUUCCCAAGAUCGGGGAUAUUAAGAAAGCAAGUCGCUACUCGAUCCCAGAUCUGGCUGUGGAUGUGGAGCAGGUGAUGGGUUUAGAGAAAGCGAGCAAGAAAGCCAAGGCCAACACAGUGGGCGGGAGGAACAAGCUCAAGAAGAUCUUUGACAAGACUCUGACCAGUAUUCUACCACCCAAGCCGUACAAUGAUGUUGGUGUAGGCCAGUCUCAGGACGACAGCAUUGUCGGAAUGAAGCAGUCGAAACAGAUCCCUCCUGCUCUUCCAGUCAGUGGAAACUUAUCGUCCAGUAAUCCCGACUUGCUGCAGUCUCACCAUCGGAUACUCGACUUCAACAACCAGCCAGAACCCGUCCCUAACAACAUGUCAGACCAGGUGCUGCGUGUCUUCAAGGCUGAUCAGCAGAGUCGUUACAUCAUGAUCGGCAAGGACACUACUGCCAAGGAGGUGGUGGCUCAGGCCAUCCGGGAGUUUGCUCUGACCGCCGCACCUGAAGCUUAUUCGCUAUGCGAGGUGUCGGUCACACCUGAGGGUGUAAUCAAACAGCGGCGGCUUCCUGAGCAGCUCUCCAAACUGGCAGACCGAAUCCAGCUCAGUGGCAGGUACUACCUGAAGAGCAACAUGGAGACGGAGACAUUGUGCUCAGACGAGGAUGCGCAGGAGCUUCUGAGAGAGAGUCAGAUCAGCUUGCUGCAACUCAGCACUGUGGAAGUGGCCACGCAGCUCUCCAUGCGUGCCUUCGAGCUCUUCUGCGCCAUCGAGCCCACCGAGUACAUCGACGACCUCUUCAAGCUGCGGUCACGCCUCCCCGUACCUUCCAGCCUCAAGCUCUUUGAAGAGUCCAUAAACCGAGAGACCUUCUGGGUGGCCACUGAAGUGCUGAGGGAACCCAACCAGCUGAAGCGCAUGAAGAUCAUCAAACAUUUCAUUAAGAUCGCCCUGCACUGCCGCGAGUGCAAGAACUUCAACUCCAUGUUUGCCAUCAUCAGUGGUCUAAAUCUGGCACCCGUGUCCAGACUGCGGGGAACUUGGGAGAAACUUCCCAGCAAGUAUGAGAAGCUCUUUAGUGACCUGCAGGAUCUGUUUGACCCGUCCAGAAACAUGGCCAAGUACAGAAACGUUCUCAACAGCCAGAACCUGCAGCCGCCAAUCAUCCCACUCUUCCCAGUGAUCAAAAAAGACCUCACCUUCCUCCAUGAGGGUAACGAUUCAAAGGUAGACGGCCUGGUGAACUUUGAGAAGCUGCGUAUGAUUGCUAAAGAGAUCCGACAUGUGGGUCGGAUGGCUGCCGUCAACAUGGACCCAGCGCUGAUGUUCCGCACCAGGAAGAAGAAGUGGAGGAGUUUGGGGUCACUGAGCCAGGGCAGUGCCAAUGCAGCUGUACUGGAUGUUACUCAGACAGGUGGGCAUAAGAAGCGUGUAAGGCGGAGUUCCUUCCUCAAUGCGAAGAAGCUAUACGAGGACGCCCAAAUGGCACGCAAGGUCAAGCAGUACCUGUCAAAUCUCACACUGGAGACCAACGAGGAGAGCCUGCAGACGCUGUCUGUCCAGUGUGAACCCUCCAUAAGUACACUGCCCAAGAGCUCAGGGGACAGGAAGAGGCCGGACACUUCACCUGUGGUAGCGCGAGCUGCGAUGCACCCGCGCCAGCAGCUCCAAAAAUCCAACCAGGCCCUGCAGGUGCCCACCGUCGCCCUCUACCCGUCCCGCAAGAAGGUGCCUGUCAAAGACCUACCACCAUUUGGCACGAAUUCUCCACAGUCCCUGAAGAAGAUUCUGUCUCUGUCUGAGGAAGCCGCUGAGAGACACAGGAAGCAGACGGAAGAUGCCGUGUCCAGCACUUCGUCUCCUCCUACAUCUCCUCGCAGCUCCCCAAAGAAAGGUUUAGGAAGAGCGAGUGAUAACCUGUCAGACUCGGGCCACAGUGAGCUCUCGUCUCGCUCCAGCCUGGUCAGCACUUCAUCUCUGGACAUGGGCCAGGACGAGCGGCGUCUCCGUUACGGACACGGGGUCAGCGAUGGUCAUACCGGUGGUCAUGGAGGUCACCGGCUUGAGCGUAGAGCCACAGCUGACCCGGACCAGUACAGCCUUGGCUCGUACUCAUCAGUGCAGGACUGGCGUGGCAUGUACGCUGGCACGGCCAUGCCGUCCUCGCCGAGUUCAGAGGAGUUAAGUCAGGAGCAGGGCGACCGCGUGUCCUUGGACGCUGCAGACUCUGGACGAGGCAGCUGGACUUCCUGUUCGAGCGGCUCACACGACAGCAUCCAGGCCAUGCAGCAGGGCCGGAGCUGGGAGGCGCUGGCUGAGGGGGCGGGGCUAUGGGCCGGCCGAGGCAGCUGGGCGUCGACCUCAUCAUGCUCGUCCUCGUCAGCAGCGUGCUGGGGAGAUGAGUCCGAGGGAGACACGGGAACUAUCAAGCGGAGAGGGGGUAAAGACGUGGGCACCGACCCUGACACCUGCAGCAUCACGUCUACAGGAUCGGAGGAGUCGAAACAGCAGAGCCGUCGGCCGUCUCCCAUCACCGCCGGCACGACCAAGACCAGCCUGCCACGUAAAGAUGGGCGAUACCGUGAUCCCCCUCCCACUCCUCCAGGCUACACGGCUCUGUCCAUCUCGGAGGUGACAGAGGGGACGACGCACGCAACCAGGAAGCCUCCAGACUACACCACGGCGCUACAGCGCUCCCGCCUCGUUACACACUCGCCUAAACCAGGGACCGAGCGUGAGGGAGAGGAAGAGGAGGAAGAGGUAGAGGAGGAGGGUGAGUGCUUAUCUCCCAAACUCAGAGAUCAGAGGAGGAGGGGUCACACAGCAGUGGCCCCCAGGCCAUGAGUCACACACACCACCCUGGCAGGCAGAGGAUGAGCAGGUGUCCGCUGUGUGAACAAGACGACACUUUCUUACUGGUCGGCUCUCGCUGCAGCCACUGAAGGCUUGUGAGGCCUGUCAAAGGCAGACAGACAGCCAGAGCAACCGAUCGUCACCUCGAUGCCACUGCCUGUCUCUCUCCUGAUUGUUGGAUUCAUCUCCCUUCUCUGCCUUAAAGCGUCAUGAGGGGUUUUCUCACCCUGCAUGCUAAAAUACUGUGAAGAAAGGAAGAGAACGUUCAAAACGAAGAAAUUACCUGGCACUUUGGAAAAAAAAAAUCUAAUUAUUUAGCUUAAAGUAGUAAAAAAAAAAAAAAAAAAAAAAAGAUGAACUUGAACCUGAAUUCAAAAUGAACACACAGCGGUGCGACAUUCACACAAACACAAGACUGCCAUUGCCAGUCACUGAUGGACAUUUGCGCCCUUCCUUACACAUUCUCACAAAUCAUUUUUUCUCAUCUGCACUUUUUAAGUAUGUUUUAUAAAGACAAAAUGCACACGAUCAUCUCAGACUUCAUCUCUUUUCAAACACAAAGAUUCUACAUGGUGAAAAUGAGAACCUGUAGGGGAGACAAACACUCAACACUCAAAUAGCUACUUUUUUUUUUGCAGUAUUAAUUGAGUUUUCAAGGUUGGGGGAUGCUGGAGAACUGGAGAUACACACAGCAAGGAGGAAAUGAAGCACGCUGGCGUGACUCUGCGUUUUGGUGCAUCCUGAAGCCUUUCACUACCUACACAGCACCCUGCUUCAGUCCUGAGGGUGCUAUGGAAAUGGAGAGACCUCAGACUUGUGGUUUGGUGGGUUUGACUUCUGUAAACGUCAAGGGGAAAAAGCAGGGCCAAACUGAGGGCUAAACUCAUCAGGAACCAUGAGGUGUGAUUGGUGUGUUCUGGGACUUAUUUUGCUUGGAUUUCAAAACCUAAUCAGUGGAAGGUAAUUGAAAGGUUUUUGAGAUUUGUAAAUCUCAGUUUAUGGGUUUCUUUUCCAUCAUACCCCAUCCCAAGCACCGCUGUCAAUUGUAGAGUUGACACCAAAUUCUGCUGGUGCUCGAGUCCAACCAAAUACCUAGAGUCCUUUACUUUUUUUUUUUAAGGAUGUGAGGUUAUGAAACGUCUCCAGUAGCUAACACCAGGAUUCCAAAAGCGAGAUUUAAAGAAAUCUGAGUUCAGAGUUUUCAUACCUGACCCAUGGGAUCCAUUUUGUGUCUGAUAAAAAAGGGAGGGAUCAGAGUUAAUAAGUUGACACUGAGCUCCAUCGGGUUCUUGACUCCAGGACUCUAGAAAUCAUUGCCAAUUUUGACUUUGUGAAUUUACUUGGGCACUGCAAUAGUUUUGUGCAGGAACCCAAAGACAUUUAUUUUAUUUAUUCCACUUCAGGAGUUUUUGUUACUGCCCCAUGUCCUUUUCGGGGAGAAGGCAAGAUUUCUUUUUUUUUUUUUUUUUACAGGUCUUAUGUAAAGAACAAGGAAAAAUUUUAAAACUUAGGAGCUGAAGUUGCUCCAGUAGCUGGCUGCAGUAAUUCUGGGGCAAGUCUUAGCUUAGAGUUUUUGUUUUUGCCCCAUUGCAUGCACAAAGCAAGAGCUUUGUUUCAGUCUUGUGAGUAGAAGUGACAGAUUUCCCCUGACCUGAAUUGAAACCCAGCCAGCUCCCUCCCAUUUCUAUAAUUCUGUACAGUUUUGCGAGGGUACAGGGUUACUCGAGUAACUGGCUGCAGUUAUCCAGAGGCAAGGUUUUUCUUUUCAUUUGAGAGGGUUUUUUUUGUUCCUGACCUUUUCCACUCUUUUGGGGAGAAAGCAAGACCUUUCUUUGAGGUCCUGUGUAAAUGGAGAGACCAUUUGACUCCACUCUUCAUUACCAUAGCAUUUGACUCCAAUGAACUCCCCUAAAAUUGUUUGGAAUUUUCAAGAAUGUGAGGUUACAGAUUGCUCCAAUGGCAUCUGGAGCUCAUCUCAGUUUAGAGUUUUAGUGCUUGCCCUAUUCCAUCCACUUUGCAGGAAAAGCUGGACCUUUGUUGACCCCAAUCUCUACUUGUGCUUGACCGAGUCAGCUCAACUCACCCCUAUUGGACGACUUCUUGAAAACAUUUGGGUGGUUAUGAGGUGUUUUGCCAGGGGUGUGUGUUGUUUCCCCUGCACCAUCCCACCCAUUUGGAGGGACGUCAAGACCACUGGUGCUUAACUUGCCCAGCUCAUUCCCAUAAGAAUUCUUUACAAAAAAAAGGGAGAUACGAGAUCAUAAGGUUGUUAUAAUCCGCAGUAAUCUUGGCCUUUUGUCUCUGAACUUUCCCUCCCAUUUGGAGGGAAGGCAAGAGCUUGGUUCACCACUCGUGCUCGACACCAUCCAGCUCAUUCCCAUUUAUUGAAGUCUUUGCAUCUUGAGGAUGCAGGUUUCAAUUUUGCUCCAGUACCUGGUUAUUGUAGCCAAGGGGCAAGUUUUUCCCUUGCAACCCACUUGAAAGGAAUCCUGAUCAUUGUUUCAUCCAGUGCUUCAUUUUAAAUUGGUAGGGAACAAAGUUGACACCGAUCUCUAAUGGUACUAUUAUGGUAUUCCCAUUUAUCUGCAAAUUAUCUUCAUGUUUCGUAAUUUUCUGAGGUUUAUAAGGUAUUCUGUACUCAUUUUGAAUGUGCCCUUACAAUUGUUAUUGUUCCACAUGGAUGAAAUGCUACGAGUUGCCUAUCAGAGUGGACUAUCGGCAGAAAAAACUCUGGAAUUGAUCGGACCAUUUUUAUAAGGUAAAUCCCUCCUAUAAUAUUGCGACAAGUCUGUCGACAAACGUGUUUCACUGCUCAAAAUAAAUCUACUGGUAACCGGAUAUAUAUUAAGAGCAUACUGAGGGUGACCCCAAACCGAAACUUACCACAACUACUCAUGACCAUGGUAUGUAGAGACGACCAUCAAGAAAAAUGCCUGUCCAGCCAGUGAAGUCCACACUUGACUGGUGCUCCUUCCAUUCUGAUGCGAGCAUAUUGCGGUUUUUGAGGUGCUGUGUAGGCUUUAUGAAGACGUAAACCUGCUUGUGUCACCCUGCACAUAAAGAAGGGAUCUGGAUCAGAGCUCAAAAGCUCACAAGAACUUUUCGAAACAUGCUUCUGAGACUCCGGUGGUGAAGGAACGCGUUAACCGAGCCGAAGGCUGCCAAGCUGAGUAGAACUCGACCAGUGAGAAGUCACUUUUAUUGUUUAUUUUUAAUCACUGAGUUAAGCUGAUCACAUUGAUCAGUAGUUUAGGACUGAUAUUCUUUGAUGGGGGGUUGGGGAAAAAAGAUUGCAGUGUUUUUCACUGUACCCUGUAAUAUUAUCAUGUCAACAUUUCUUUCUCUUCUUGCUGUAAUUUUUUUGUUUUUGUUUUUUUGUAAUGGUUGCCGUCGUUUAAAAAAAAAGGAUAAUAUUUGUAAAACAGUGGGUAUACAAAUCAUUCACCUCCGUUUGAAUUUUUGAAACUAGUCAUGCUUUUUCUGGCAAGCUGAGUGGAGUCCUCUUUCGAAAAAUAAGUUGCACAAACUGUACAAGCAUAAGAUUAAACCGUAGUAGUUAGCACUGCUACUUUGUUCGAUGUGUGAUGUCAAGUGAGAAGUGUACAUUUAGCUGGUGAAGAUUCUCUCAUUCUUGACUACUUUUACCUGUACGUCUUUUACAAAGACAAUUGGUGGAGUAUGUAUCGGUUGUUAUUUUCUGUCUUUUUUUUUCUUUUUGUAUUUUUAAUACAAUAAUUGUAAAUAUUGGUUAUAUUUUUGUUGAACUGUAGAAAUGUACUAUGUUUAUGCCUCAACAUCCAGUUUAUAUGAAGCUGGUAAUCAAUAAAUGCGAGAAAAAGAAAUUGACUUGUAGGUUUCAAAUGCACUUUUUUUUGUUGUUUUCCCGUCAACGCGUUCUCUUUGGAAAAUUGUUACUUUAAAUGACACUCGUCUAAUGUUUGCACAAGAUGAGACAUGGAAUUAACUUGAAAUGUGUAUCUGAUGAUAAUUUUUUUAACCGACAUCUGUCAGAAUGAAUAAAAAGACACUGAUGCCUACUU